AUGAGGAUCGAGGAAUUGGAUGAUGCGGAGUGUAGUAGGGAAGAAGACCAGAACUUGGAGAGACAAAUUGUUAGGGUUGAUGCGAAGAGAGCGUUGGUUGGAGCAGGUGCACGGAUUCUGUUUUAUCCUACACUUUUGUAUAACGUGCUUCGUAAUAAAAUGGAAGCUGAGUUCAGAUGGUGGGAUCAAAUUGAUGAGUUUUUGUUGCUGGGUGCAGUACCAUUUCCUAAAGAUGUUCCUCACUUGAAGAACCUUGGUGUUGGUGGUGUAAUUACUUUGAAUGAACCGUAUGAAACUUUGGUACCAUCGUCAUUGUAUCGUGCUCACGGGAUCGAUCAUUUGGUAAUUCCUACGAGAGAUUAUCUCUUUGCUCCCUCAUUUGUGGAUAUCAACCGGGCUGUGCAGUUCAUUCAUAAUAACGCUACUUGUGGUAAAACAACUUAUGUUCACUGUAAAGCUGGGCGUGGGAGGAGUACAACAAUUGUGCUUUGUUAUUUGGUUGAAUACAAGCACAUGACUCCUGCUGCUGCCCUGGAGUAUGUGCGGUCUCGAAGACCUAGAGUGCUACUAGCACCAUCACAGUGGAAGGCUGUUCAAAGUUAUAACAAUCAAAGACCUUCUCCUUUACCACACUCACCUUCUGGAGACACAGUUCUCAUAACCAAAGAUGAUCUUGAAGGCUAUCAUAGCACAUCUGAUACAAGUAUGGAGCUGGCAAUCGUUUCUAAAGUGCCAAAGACUAAGCCCAUGAUAGCACGACUAUCUUGCCUAUUUGCAUCCUUAAAAGUAUCUGGUAGUAGUGUUCCAAUGACAAGGCGGCUGCCAGUUUCAGAGUCGCGUGCUUGCUAA